UGGGACACGACAGAAGAGAUGCAGGAAAGUUCAACAGACCCUGACAAGUGUGAAAAUGGCGUCCUUGAUCUCAGCUUACGUAGCCCUGCUUCGAUGCAAGAGGAAAAAGAAAACGAGAAGCAGCACAAGAGUUGCCAAGCAGAAACAGAGGUUCGCCGUGUGGGAGUUCAUUAGGAAGACCCCUAUUCGAUCACACAAAUCGAGCAUUCAUAUGCAGCUAAAGAAACCACAUUCCAGUGCUCAGGAACCCAAACCAUGCCAAGACCACUUUCCGAAGGUCUCUCUGAGGCAACCUGCAACUUUUAGACCGGGCUUGGACUAGAUGGCUUUUGGAAACUGGUCACAACAGUGACUCGGUGUGGUCAAGUUUGUGGAAACAUGACCAUUGAGGACCAGGUAUUGUUAACACUCAUGAGACUUCGCUUAGGGCUUUUGUAUUUUGACUUAGCACUGAGGUUUGGCACAUCUGUGGCGCACACGGGUAAAAUAUUUCGCAGAAUGAUUGGAAUUCUAGAUGGCAUUAUGAGGAAUGUCGUCGUGUGGCUGCCAAUUGAAACAAUUUUGGCAACAAUGCCAAGGCAAUUUUCUGAAAGUCAGUAUGCCGACACCACCUGCAUCAUAGACUGCAUGGAAGUCUACAUGCAGCGGCCUAAGAAACUUUAUCCAAGAGGGCAGACAUACAGCCCAUACAAGGAUUGUAACACGGUUAAAUUCCUCGUGGCAAUUGCACCAAGUGGUUUUGUAAUGUUUGUAUCAAACGCAUACGGUGGACGAGCUUCAGACAAAUUUAUUGUUGAAGAGUCUGGACUUGUUGACAACUUGACUGAAGGUCAUGUAAUCAUGGCAGACAGGGGCUUUAGUCUGAGUGAUUCCAUGAAGAGAAAGGGCGUGAAGCUCAACAUGCCAGCCUUCUCAAAAGGCAAGCUUCAGUUCAGUGAACGAGAGGCAACUCCUUCGAGAAGGAUCUAA